AAAACAUCCACAAUGAAGACCCAACACAUCACCCUCCCCACCAUACAAAUCGCGGCCGCUGCCUUCUUCGCUGCCUCAGCCGAAGCGAAGGUUUACUGCGCCGACACCGCGGGCAAAGUCGUCGCCCAAGCUAGCUGCGACGGCAACCAGCCCGCAAAGACGUUUUUCCUUGCCGAGCACGAGGGCGACGACCUCCAGCUCGGGGACUUCAUUGCCGAAGAUAAAGUCGACGCGUCGCACUCCGUCGCUCGCGGCCUCGAAACCCUCGAGACCGAGGCCGAGCAGGUUAGCGGCGGGUUCGGGCGUAGGUCGCCGCAGAGGCAGUGUGAUCCAUCUCUUGGACACUGCGUUGUUAGUGGUGUUGGCAAGGGUGGUAACAAUGGUGGUUGAUCUAAUGGUUCUUAGAGUAUCAGUCUUAUGGUUUUUGGUAAUCUCUGGGAAGACUUUGAAUAGGCUAUGGUGGCUCUACUAGGUCUGUGACAGAACCUGGGAUACCCUCGCUUAGUUGAAACUCACCACACACGGUCAUUACUCAGUUAACCGCACAGUCGGGCCAGGAUUGCUCUACAAGGGAUAGAUGCCACUCGUUUAUAUAGAUCUACUGCAGGUCCAGCAUAUCACUCUAGGGAAUACAACCAUCCUUAUCCCCAUCCAUUAUGCAACUGCUG